AUGGCGACGUCUACCCCCGAAAUCGCCCUGGACGAGAAGCGCGAUGUCGAGCACAUCGACCAGGAAGAAUUCGGCCAGCACAUGCACAUCCCGAAGAGAGAGGCGCCGCCUUUGGUGCGCGACCUGUCGCCCGAGGAGAGGGCCGAAAUGGAGAAGAAGCUGCGCCGCAAAAUCGACCUGCGUCUGAUGCCAAUGGUUAUCAUCAUGUACAUUCUCAACUACAUUGAUCGCAACAACAUUGCCGCAGCUCGCCUGUCCGGCAUGGAGGAGGACCUCAAUCUGAGCGAGAGUCAAUACCUGACAUCCGUCAGCAUUCUGUUCGUCGGUUACCUCCUUAUGCAGGUCCCUUCCAACCUGUACCUGAACAAGAUUGGCCUGCCCGCCAUCUACCUUCCUGCCUGCAUGAUCGUUUGGGGCGUCAUCUCCACUGCCACCGCAGCCUGUCAAAACUUCGGCGGCCUCGUCGCAUGUCGCUUUUUCCUGGGCUUCGUCGAGGCUGCCUACUUCCCGGGCUGCCUGUUCUUCCUCUCGUCGUGGUACACUCGCAAGGAGCUGGGCCUGCGCACUGCCAUCCUCUACUCCGGCGCUCUCAUUUCCGGCGCCUUCUCCGGUCUGAUUGCUGCCGGCAUCAGGGGCAAUAUGGACGGCGACCGCGGCCUACGCGCCUGGAGGUGGCUGUUCAUCAUCGAGGGUGCCGCCACCAUCUUCAUCGCCUCCUUUGGCUUCUUCAUUCUUCCCAACUUCCCGCGUACCACCAAGUGGCUCACCGAGCAGGAGCGCCAGCUGGCUGUCUGGCGCCUGCAGGAAGACAUUGGUAUGGAUGAUUGGACGGGAACUGAGGACCAGAGCCUGUGGACUGGCUUCAAGCUGGCGUGCAUGGACGUCAAGAUGUGGGUCCUCAUGGGACUUCUCUUCGGAAUUGUCAGCGCCGGCAGCGUCACCACAUUCUUCCCGUCUGUUGUCGAGACGAUUGGCUAUGGCCAGGUUGAGACGCUACUUCUGACUGCGCCUCCGUACUGCCUGGCCGUCAUCACUACGGCCUUGAACGCAUGGCACGCCGACAAAACCGGCGAACGCUACUUCCAUGUCGUGCUCCCCAUCUGUCUGGGCAUCGCGUCUUUCAUCCUCGCCGCCGCGACGCAUUCCACUGCGCCGCGCUACGUCGCCAUGAUGCUGAUGGUGUCCGGCGUCUACACCGGCUACGUCGUCGUGCUGGCCUGGAUCUCCAACACGAUUCCGCGCCCACCCGCCAAACGUGCCGCCGCCCUCGCCUUCAUCAACGCUGUGUCCAACAGCUCGUCCAUUUGGACCUCGUACCUGUACAUCAACCCGCCGGGCUAUGUCAUCGCCUUCUCCGUAGACUGCGCCAUGCUCGGUUUGGCCGCCAUCUGCGCGACCAUACUGCGCUUCAUCCUGGUGCGUCUGAACAAGAAGCUGGACCGGGGCGAGCACGUCGAGGGUGCCAUCAACGCCGUUCCGGGCCAGGCUGCAGACAGGGGAUUCCGCUUCUUGGUGUAA